AAGGGACCCUCUUUAAGCGGCAGUAACACUUUUGAGUACUCUGAAUUCGGAUUAUAUGACAAUGUGUAACAAAAUGGGGGGGGGGGGAACCCCGUUCCUAGUUUGAAAGUUAUUUCCUAUCUAAUUGUGCAGUGCUUACUUUGUAAGUAGCUGUCAUACUCCAUAAAUGUCGUUUUUGUGGCAGCUCCAAACUAGUUGAAUGUGUUGUAGAAGGCCGGAAUCACUAGGUUGCUGUGAGUUUUGCGGGCUGUAUGGCCAGGUUCCAGAAGCAUUCUCUGCUGACGUUCCAGACAAGAAACAAUCAGGGCCAGCUAAUCACCUCCCAACAAAGGAUUCCCCCCCAAGCAGGAAGCAGCCAAGCUUUGAAGCUGCAAGGGUAUUCAUUGCUAAUCAAGUGACAGAAAUGUCAGCACCAUCAAUGAAGGAAAGGAAGGUGUGCUGGGAAGCCCGGGAUGAAUAUUGGAAGUGCUUAGAUGAAAGCACGGAGGAUGCAUUUAAAUGUGAGAAGCUUAGGUGCUCUUUUGUAAAAGCAUGUCCACAGCAGUGGGUUAAAUACUUUGAUAAAAGAAGAGAUUAUUUAAAAUAUAAAGCACAGUUGGAAACAGGAGAAUUUCAGCCUUCACAGACAACCAAGACAUCAUAGCUCUUUGCCACAAAGGAGGUUGCAGAAGUAGCAGCAACAGCAGCAGCAGCAUGAAACCUAGAGUGUCAACAGCAGUAAAGGACAGUGACAUCUAAAUAAAGUGCAAGCCAGUGUUUAUCUGGUAUUAAUACGAAGGCUGAAGCUCACCUUUCUUGAAAGUGCUUUCUGAAGAAAAGAGGCACACUCACUAUAAAAUGACUGAAUAUUUGCCACCACUAAUACAGCAUAAAUAGGUGUGCUGAUUAAACUAAGUAAUACUCUGAA